CCCGCCCACUCUGUCGACUCGCGUGUUGCCAGUUUGCAAGCAUGGCUUCUUCAGCGAAGAAAAGAGCAGUAGAUGUGGUUACAAAUCCCGAGGAAAGUGUAAACUGCUCCGAUGAGGACCCAGAGGACGAUGGUGAUUCCGGAGAGGACAGCGGGGAAUCCGAGGAGGAGAUCAAUGAGGAAGUCAUGGUUGAUUUUGAAGCACACGCCAUCUCAAACAACCACUACGAUGGUGUCAAGAAACUCUUGCAACAGCUCUUCCUGAAGGCUCAUGUAAAUAUUUCUGAGAUGACCGACCUCAUCAUUCAACAAAAUCACAUUGGAAGUGUCAUCAAGCAAGCUGAGGUGCCGGAAGACAGUGACGAUGAAGACCCUGAUGAAGUAUUUGGCUUCAUCACCCUGCUCAACCUUACAGAAAGAAAGGAUGUGCAAUGUGUGGAGGAGCUGAAGGAGCUGAUCCUGGAUCAGUGUGAGAAGUGCUCUACUCCCAGUAUGACGGAAGAGCUAGAGCAGAUCUUCAACGACGCCGACAAGCCGGUUGGGCUUCUGCUGACUGAGCGCUUCAUCAACGUGCCCCCACAGAUCGCCCUCCCACUGCACAAACAGCUCCUGGAAGAACUAGAGGACGCUCAGAGGACAAAUAAGCCCAGUGGGAAGUGUCACUAUAGUCUGAUGAUCAGCAAGACCUGCAAAGAGGCUAAGAGUGUUCCAGCCAGAGGAGGAGCUCCCAAAGAGGAAUACUUGUUUAUCAAUGCAGAGGAGGAAUUCUUCUAUGAGCAAGCCGUCAUAAAGUUCCACUACUCGGUCCAGGAAGAAACCGACUCCUGUUUGAGCGGCAGGUGGUCGUUUGACGACGUGCCCAUGAAACCUUUCAGGACCGUGAUGCUGAUACCAGCAGACAGAAUGCCUGCGAUUAUGACCAAACUCAAAGAAUACCUAACUGUGUGACCCAAUAAACUAUGACAGCUGUGCAUGACUCAUGGAAAUUGUUCAAAAUACUUUUGAGACUAGAAGAAAAAUAUUUUGUUCCCGACACCUACAGUAUUGCCAGCAUUAUCCCCCUGAAAUUUAGUACAUGCUGUGCAGUGUCAGUUAAAAGACAUUUUAGAGAAGCAGUUUUUACAACGUCUGGUUCCCUUUAUUAUACCCUGCUCAUACUGCACACAUAAUUGUUGUCAUGUGAAUAUGAAAUAGAAAUACUGUAUGCAUUUUUUUUCAUAAAGACUUGUUUAUAGCAAGAUUAUGAAGCAUCUUGUGUUUGACAACUGAUGCGUGGAGUCCAGUCUCCCGGGUGGAGGGUUUCCAUUUGCAAUAAAAUGUAAUUACUGAACGGUAAAGCUCUAUAAAUGUGGCCAAUCGAUAGCAGUUCCAGAUUUCUGAUUCACAACUUUGUAAAAAGCCAAUUCUCACAAAUGUUAUCUGGAUUCAUGAACUGGAACCUGCUGAAUACAAGUUUCUGAGGAUUUUCUUAGUAAACAUCUCUGUAGAUCUUUUGCCAUCUAUAAUUAAUAAAUGCUUUAUAUCUA